AUGCCGUCGACACAAGUCGAGGCGCCGAAGCCGCAACAGCCCGAGAUGCCGCCGCCACAAGUCGAGUCGCCAAAGCCGCAGCAGCCCGAGACGCUGCCGCCGCCACAACCCGAGCCGCCACGGUCGAAUCCCGGGGAGCACCAUGUCCGCACGGACAUCCCGGCGGCGCACGUGAGCCACAGUGCGCGCGCGUUUGUGAUCGACGGUGUGCGGUGGCGGCAGCAGACGAUCACCUGGACAUGGCCGGAGGGACCCGCGGAGGACGCGACUGCGGGGGAAGAACCACAGAUCUGGGAGGAGGUGGAACCGCGGGUGAGCCCAAGGGAUCCGAGGGUCCGAGGCAGACCCGAGGCAACGGCGACGCAGAACCCGGGAUCGACGACGCCGGCACCCGCAACACCGGAUUCCUGGAAGCCACCGACGCCGAGCACCGGGCCAGCGACACCCGCGUCACCGUACUCAGGAGCAGCCGCAGACAACGCGACGAGACUGGCCGGUCAGCGGCCACCGUGGAAGCGGCAACAUUCCGCGCCGGAGGUCGUCGGAGAGGCCGCGAGGCCGAAACUGAUGCGGCAGACGUCGGCACCCGAGGGUCAGCGGUGGCGCGAGAUCGAGAAGGACGAGUGGCCCGAAGGGAUCGCAGACGUACAAGCGGUGAAGGAGGCCCGCAUCCUGGGCGGAAGGCGCAGCGUGCGCGUAAGAUUGGACGGGCGCGGGUUCCGAGUGAGGAUUGGGCUCGCGGGCCUGAGGGUGUUUGAAGAACAGCGGCCAUAA